UACACGCCCUUUGUGCUCAUAAAUCUCAACCUUAUAACAAACAUUACAUAGUUGCUCUUGUAACAAACAUUAGAUAGCUACGAUGAACAAGGUUGCAGGGUUUGUGACAACCUUAUUCAUGAUGGUGAUGCUGAUGGUGCCAAAAACCGCGAGUGCCGAAAACAUAGACAGAAUCGUGACACCACAAUUCUUCGACAUGAUAAUCAACCAGGCCGAUGGUGAUUGUGCAGGGAAGAACUUCUACUCACGUGACGCUUUCCUCAAAGCUCACAGGUCCUACCCUCGAUUUGGUGCUCUUAAUAACGAAGAUGAUUCCAAACGUGAAAUUGCAGCUGCUUUUGCUCAUUUCACCCACGAAACUGGACAUUUUUGCUACAUAGAAGAGAUUGGAGGAGCGUCAAGGGACUACUGUGAUGAAAGCAACACUGAGUUUCCAUGUGUACCUUACAAAGGGUACUAUGGUCGUGGACCUAUCCAACUGUCGUGGAACUUCAACUAUGGACCAGCAGGACAGAACAUUGGUUUCGAUGGGUUGAAUGCUCCGGAGACAGUGGCCAAUGACCCUGUCGUGUCCUUCAAGACAGCAUUGUGGUACUGGAUGGAGUUUGUGCGCCCUGUCAUGAACGAGGGCUUUGGUGCAACCAUUAGAGCCAUCAAUGGCCAACUUGAAUGUAAUGAAGGAAACCCUGACACUGUCCGUGCUCGUGUUUAUUAUUACACCAAGUAUUGUUCUCAAUUUGGUGUUGCUCCUGGUGACAAUCUUACUUUUGUAACUAAUCAAACCCUUUGUGACUUAAAAUUGAUUAAUGUGAAGCUUUUAAUAAAGCAUGCUACAAAUAGAAGUGAGUGUGGUCUGAAUUGCCAACAUUCUCUAUUGAAAAAAGUGAUAACACAGUUUGACAGAAUUCUCCACCAGGCGAUGUGGAACAACAAGGUGCAAAACAUGAACAGUGUAGUAAAGAGAGUGAUGGUGAGUUUGUUAGUGUUGAUGCAAGGUGCUUGCUAUGGCAGUGAGAAAGCGAGCCAUGUUUCUGUGGCUGACAUUGUCACAACCGAAUUCUUCAACUCCAUACUUGACGAAGGUGAUGAUGAAGCAGAUUGUGCAGGCAAGAACUUCUACUCUCGACAAGCCUUCCUGCAUGCUCUCAAUUCCUACAAACAGUUUGGUCGAACUGGUUCUGCAGAUGACUCCAAACGUGAAAUUGCUGCUGCUUUUGCUCAUUUCACACAAGAAACUCAACAUUUUUGCUACGUAGAAGAGACUGAAGGUGAAUCAAAGGACUAUUGUGAUGACAGCAACAGCGAGUACCCGUGUGCCUCUGACAAGGAGUACUACGGGCGUGGACCGAUUCAACUGAGGUGGAACUACAACUAUGGAGCAGCAGGGGAAAGCAUUGGUUUUGACGGGUUGAAGGCUCCGGAGACGGUGGCCAAUGACCCUGUGGUGUCGUUCAAGACAGCACUGUGGUUCUGGACACAGAAUGUGAGCCCUGUGAUGGAGCAGGGGUUUGGUGAAACCAUUAGAGCCAUGAAAGGUGAAGCUGAAUGUGAUGGAGGAAACCCUGAUGCUGUUCAGGCUCGUGUUGAUUACUACACACAAUACUGUUCACAGCUUGGUGUUGCUCCUGGUGAUAACCUCACUUGCUAAAUGCAUAAUCCAUGGAUAGUUCCAACUUGCAGUGUUGAAAAGUUUUAUAGGGAACAAGAUCGAUGCAUGUGUUUUAUCCUUCCUCUAUCAUAUAUCAUAUAUAUGUUGUAAAAUAAUGAGUUCUGUGCGUGAGAUAAGCUUUCGCAACAAUUAUGCUCCUUUUCAUUUGCUCUAUUGUUAUAAUAUUAAGAGUUAUGUUAUGUUGCUUCCAAAGGACACAAGAAGAAUUC